UUCCGAGAGGAGAAAACCUGCCCCUCUUCACAGACGUCACCACCGCCGGAGAGCCUGGAAGCAGACAACGAGACCUCGGUUGACACACGCGCGCACGCACGCACGCUCAGUUCCAGAUCAUCAGACCAUGCCACAAUAACGCAGCACCACUACGGGGAUACGCAGCCGCACUGCGAAGCGAACAGGGGGCGUGGGAGGGAGGGUUUGCAGCCCACUGGGAAUGUCUACCGUGCGGACCUGAGGACAACAUGAAGCGCAAGAGCGAGAGGAGGAGAGCCGAGUCGAGGAAAAAGCGCUGCGCAGCUCCGGGCGGCUCAGAGGCGGAGCCAAACUCUAGUAUUUACACUGAGAUAACAGUCAUGUUCAGAAAAGUGGGCAAGAUGACCGCGGACGAUGUUUCGUCCAGAUCCAUUCCGUUCAUCCAGGAUCAACUCUAUUUCGCCAUACUAAAGCAAAAGAUCAAGAGCACGGCCGACCGACACUGUUUCUGCGUCGAUGAGGAGCUGGCGUACGAGAACUUCUACGCGGACUUUGGUCCCCUCAACUUGGCCAUGUUUUAUCGCUUCUGCUGCAAGCUGACAAAGAAGCUUAAGUCCAUCAUGCUCUCGAGGAAGAAGAUCAUAUUCUACACCUGUGGCGACCAGAAGAAACAAGCCAAUGCCGCCUACCUCAUCGGCUCAUACGCAGUAAUGCAUCUCAACAUGAUGCCCGAAGAGGCCCACAGUCUGCUGGUGUCGAGGAAUUCAACAUACAUUCCAUUCAGAGACGCCUCAUUCGGAACCUGCAUGUACAACCUGAACAUCCUGGACUGUCUUCGUGGUGUUCAAAAGGCUCUGCAGUACGGCUGGCUCGACUUCUCCAACUUCGACGUGGAAGAAUACGAGCACUACGAGCGGGCGGAAAACGGAGACCUGAACUGGAUCAUUCCGGGGAAGUUCCUCGCGUUCAGCGGGCCUCAUCCGAAGAGCAAAAUAGAGAACGGCUACCCGCUGCACGCUCCCGAGGCCUACAUCCCGUACUUCAGGAACCACAACGUCACCACGGUCAUCCGACUCAACAAGAAGAUGUACGACGCCAGGCGCUUCACAGAAUCCGGCUUCGAGCACCACGACCUGUUCUUUGUGGACGGGAGCACGCCCAACGACGCCAUCCUCAGGAAGUUCCUCAACAUCUGCGAGAACGCCGAGGGCGCCGUCGCCGUCCACUGCAAAGCUGGUCUGGGGAGGACUGGCACUCUGAUUGGCUGUUACAUGAUGAAGCAUUACUGCCUCAGCGCUGCGGAGGCCAUCGCCUGGAUACGGAUCUGCAGACCGGGCUCCAUCAUCGGGCCUCAGCAGAACUUUGUUGAAGACAAGCAGAACAGCCUGUGGGCAGAGGGAGACGUCUUCCGGGAGAAGAUGCAAAACGAACGCGAGAACGGCAAGGCGUCUGUCACCAGGAUCCUGUCCGGUGUGGACGACAUCAGCAUCAACGGGAGCAACAAGAACCGGGCGUCCAACAAGGAGGAAACGGACCGGUACGACGACGAUGAGGAGAGAAACGGCCUCACGCAGGGGGAUAAACUGCGAGCCCUGAAAAGCAAGAGGCAGGCCAGAUCGUCCUCGGGUUCUCUAUCGCAGGUGGUAGCGUUCUGCUGCAGCCUCAGGGGCGCGGCGUGGCCGCUGUGUUGCCCGCCGUUCAAAAGGUAGCAGGGAGAGAGAGGGGGAGAGAGGGAGUGACAGAGGGAGAGAGGGAGUGACAGUGGGAGAGAGGAGAAUCAGACAGAGAGGAUGUGAGGUGUUGGGCGAUGGAGGUAAGUGCACGUCACUUCUUCCCCUUUUUAACUGACAACCUCUUCCUGUAGAAACAAUUGCUGUGCCAGUGAACGGUAUGGCUGACUUUUUAACGCAUAUUUUUUUGUUACUUUUCUUUCUUUUCUGUCUUCCCCCCCGGACGACCGCGUGGUUUGACGCGGUUGCGCACCCAGUGGAUGCAUUGCAUUUCCGCGGUCGGCAUCAUCGUCGUCGUCGUCGUCAUCAUCAUCAUCAUCAUCUUCCCCUCGUAGGCCGAUCCGCUUUUGAUAUCGACGCUUAUCCCGGAUAUCCAGUGAGUCACAGCAGAGCUCUACCGGCCUGCUGUACUCGCCGACAACCGCGCCAAAUUAUUCAACUAAUCGCGCUUUUACAAAAGAUCCGGAUUGGUUGAAUGAAAUGUUGUCCGGCGCUCGGCUCUGCACCAACAGCAGCUUAGCACGUCCCGGAGGGCGGCGCUAUCAAGGGAGACUUGGACCUCCUUCUGAUCCACAGUAGUAGCAACUUUAAAUGUCAAUUUUUGGGGGGCGGGAUGGUAAACUCGUGCUGAUCGUCGCUGCAACGCAAAGAAUUCUUCUAAAACGUCACGUGUGACGAGAGAGUUGAGGGCGGCCGGAUUGGUCUGCUGUUUAGGAUCAGAACAACGGGUGUAUGGAAAUGUUCCCCUCCUCCCUUUCCAUGCAUGGCAACAGGCAUGAAAGCCGCGGACAUGCACGCAUGGACAUGCCUGUGUCAGAUCUGUUUGUGUUUUAACGUGUUAUUAUUAAUGUUGGGCAGGGUUCAUUGUCGAUUCCUUUUUUUUAAUUUUUCCAUUGCUUUUGUGACUGGAUCAGUGUACAUAUGCCACCUGAGCCUUGUGUGCUCCGUCAGGUUUCUUCCUAUAGGGACCCCCUUUUUGUGGAACAAAAUUGGAUGAUGGGAUAAAUAAAGAUGGUGGCGUUUUUAGAACAAAGCUGCCGUUGGUAUAUUAUUAUUUAGCAAGAAUCUCUGUUUGGUGAUAUUAUUAAAUAAUUUGAUUUCAUAGACGUAAACGUACAUACAAUAACUUUUAUACAACCAAAUCCCCAAUAUUGCGUAUUGGCCUCUAGAAUGUCCCACAAAGCGAACCACCAAGUCACGAAGGACGAAAAAAAAAAAAAAACCCUGCUGCCACGAGCAAAGCUCUGUGAAAGUUGUGUGAUGUGAUCCAGUCCCAGUGGAAAAGCUGAACAUGGGGGGGGCUCUGUGUCCUGCCCGGACAUCUCCUGUCUCUCCUUCCUCUUUUUUUCCCCCCCCCUCCCCGUUUGCUCUUGUUGG